GCCUGAAAGGGCCUCUUUGCGAGCUGCUCCCUCGCCGCACGACUUAGCACAGCUGCUCGCGCUGCUCCUACAGAGUCCAUUUGUGGACUGUUCCUUGCUCCGUGAGUUCGAGCCACAGACGUUAGUCGCAAGGAGAGCUUGGAAACAGCGUCACCAACGCCCACAUUGAUUGGGAAGCGAUGCGGCCGGUUUUUUCGACGUGCUUCCUCGUAGCAUUUCCAAUAGCGUGCAGCGAUGCCAUUGCAGCGCCCUUCGCCGUGCCCCACGUCGACCUAGUUUCGAUAGACGCGCGCACGACAAAAACGGCGCUGAAGACGACGGGCGCCGUCGCCGUGCGCGUGCCCGGGCUCGCGCAAGCGAGUGCCACAGCCUUCGAGGGCCUGGCGGACUGCUUAGAGGGAGACGGCCAGGAGGCUUUGUUGGUUGACGGGACGCGGAGGAGGACAAUAGCCGCGCGCGGAGCCGGUUUUGAUUCUGUGUGCUUCGACGACGAGGCAUCAAAUGUAUUGAGAAGGGCGGCCUUCGACGCCGUCCAGGCGGUCGCUGUAGCUCUCGAUGGAGGUGGCACCACCCCUCUGCGCGGCGAUGCUGCAGACUACGACUGGCGCGGCGUCGUCGACAAGGGCCGCCACCUCGAGCACGUCCACGCCUACUACGGACCUUCAAAAGGCGAAGCGCUCGAGGCGCACGUCGACGAGGGUGUCCUGGUGGCGAUGGUCGCGGGCGAGGGCGGGUCACUACAUAUCACGCUACCCGGCGGCGCAUCACAUGAAUUAAGGUGGGAUGUUGAUAGUGCGGUGCUGAUCCUCGCUGGUGAUUCUUCAAGGUACCUAGGUAAUGCGAGGCCGGCGCCGCACUCGUUAUCAUUGGCACUGUCGGACAACGAAGCAAGACCGUGGUACGGCCUCAUGGUCCUGCCGCCCGACGACGCGUUAUUGGACGGCGAACGGUUUGAUGAGAGAAGAGCGCGGAGGACCAGUACGAUCACGAUCGGUCGCUCGAGAUCAUUAACCGCAGUAGACCCGGCGGCGACGUGCCAGACGCAGGAUGGGAAAGAUGGCAUCUUCUGCUGGCUCCAGUGUUUGGAGGUGGACUGUGCGUACGGCGCCGUCUGCCUCGACGACAAUGACCAAGUCGUCCCGGAAGAUACGCACUGCGAAGGGCACUCCUUCGACAACUGUUCGCCCGUGUGUGUUGAUCGCAGUGGUAGUCUCUCCAACAGUUCAAGAUCGAGAGAAGGCGGUUUUUGUCGAGGCAGCGGCCAGGACAUGCAUAUGGACGGUUUCCGGUCGGCCUUUGAAGAGAGCACGCCGCCCUGCAUCAACCUCUACGUGGCGGACUGGACCCUAUCUUCGGUAGGCAAGUACGUGGGCGGCAUGUUUGGGGCGUUUUUCGUCGGGUUGCUAGUCGAAUGUACGUCAUUCGUGCGGAAGUACGUGCACCGAAGGCGGCGCGACAUGUCCUGGGCCAGGAUGGGCCUCGUGUUCCUGCACUUCGUCCAGUCCGUGCUCGGUUAUUUGGCGAUGUUCGCGGCGAUGACGUAUUCCAUUGAAUUGUUCGCCGCGGUGUGUCUCGGGGCGACGACGGGCUACGCCCUGUUGCACUUGGACGACGCGCCGGCGGCGUCCACGGACCCGUGCUGCCAGGCCCAGGACGAUCUAGAUGCGUCCAAGCCCAUACCUACGCGUGUGACCGCGGACUGCUGCGGCGACGUCGAGGCUUCCUGAUGUGGGCCGUCGAAAUCGAAGAGUAAUGAUUGUGUUUUCGCG